CUUCCCAUAUGGAUCCGAAUAUACCUCGCUUGUUUCAGAUUGCACACUACAAGUAUGAGAAGGUCCUCAAUCUUAAAGUCGCAGAACUCGGAGCUGAUGAUGGUGGUAGAAGAUAAGAGAGAAGACGAAAACUCGAACAGUUCAUCUGCGCAGAGCUCCGAAGAUGAAUCUACCUCCUUGAAUCCUUUCUUGCUGUCUCAUUAUGCGAGAGAAAUGAGGAAGCAUUCCCUGCCCACGCCCCAGUGCACUGGGAUAACGGCACCUCAAGUACGACGUCUGUCUGUCGAGAAAGAAGAAACAGCAGGGCCCGUUUCCUGGCAGGUGGAGCUUCUGGAGACUCUUUCGCAAGUAGCUCAGCAAAUUGCUGGCGGACGAAGAUACUCCGUCGAUAGCAACUCCAAGCUGCCCUCGUCUCUCUUCGGUAGGAAUCGUCAAGAGCCGGUGGCAGCGUUCCCGUCAUCACGAUUCUCUGGUAGAGUUCUACCUUGCAGGUAUUCCUACUGAAAUACUAACAUACUACAACAAAACCAAAAGGGCACGUUCAUUUUUUAGGCCCAAUUUUAUUAUUCUAAAAUCUUUAUAUGAAUCAUAAUGUAUCAGUAACGAGGCGCCUUUGUAGUAAUGCAUCAAAGGAAUAUAGUCGAUUUCUUCUAAGAUAUCUAUCAAACUAGCAAAGAACCUACGAGUUAUAUGUAUAUUAAAUAAAUAAAGUCUUUUUAAAAA